GAUGUUGGUAGUGCGAUAUAUGUUUUAUUUUGUUGAUACAUAAACUAAAACUCGAAGUGUAGAACAUAUUUCAAUAUGGUAAGUAGAAGAGCGUACGCCGUAUAAGACGAAGAAAUCUUCUUGUUCUUGCUCAACGUAUCUGUCAAAUCAUAUAUACGACUCACGCACACGAUUUUUUACGUAAAAAGCUACUUCCAUCAACUAUGGGUCUUUGUGCAUCUGGUCUCAGCUCGGAAGAGCGUGAAGCUAUGGAACGAAGUAAAGCAUUAGAUAAACAAUUGAAAGAAGAU